GGAUUUGAUCUGGUUUGGGAGGAGUCACGGCUGCUUGGGGGUUUACUAACCGACCGACUUAAUACCGAUGUCUCCAGAUAGCUGCGCGGAAAAGUGGAGCUCUUAUUCGCGUUUUGUCCGUCGGAAACACUGUGGAUCGCGCAAUCUUUAUAACCUAAUGAACUAGCGGACAUUGCCCGAAAGAGAUCAACACAGACACCGCAAGGGGAAGCAGACAGAGUUCGGUUGGAUUCGUGGCGUAUCGCACUUACAGAAAACCGAGUAGACGAUGGCCAAACCGAACUACACCGGCGUUUACCACAUGGUUUCCCAAGAUAACUUCGAAGGUUAUCUGGCGGCUUUAGAUGUAAAUUACGCAUUAAGGAAAGUCGUCUGCCUCUUGAAACCAAGUAAACAAAUCGAGCAUGAUGUAAACACUGGAAACAUGAAGAUAAAGACAGUCACUACGUUUAAGAACUUCGACAUGGACUUCACUUUGGGAAAGGAGUUUACAGAGGAUCUGGGGCCGGUCGAUGGGCGAAAGUGCCAGACCACAGUAGACUGGGAGGGGGAUAAAUUGUUGUGCGUGCAGCGAGGAGAGAAAGAGGAGAGAGGGUGGACACACUGGCUGGAGGGAAACACUCUCCAUUUGGAGUUGAGGGCUCAGGGUGUCACUGCCAAGCAAGUCUUUAAGAAGGCUGAGUGAAGGAUAGCAAAAGAAAGAAAGAGAGCUUUUGAGUUCAGCGUGUCCGUCGAGCUCAGGGCUCAGAGAGAGGCCAUGGUACGUCAGAGACCCCCCCCCCCCCCAGUAUUGAAACGGAGACCACCAGUUACAAAAUUGUUUCCUCUUUAUGAAAUGUUUCAGUAUAUCCCUCAAUGAAAGUUUCAGCCCUGUUGCCAUUAGGAAGCUGGAUCAUACUGUAAUGAUCUGGUUUCAGGCUGGAUUCAUGAAUGUCUUGCUGAUAUUUUUACAGUAUGAAGAAAUCAGCCUGUGGUUUUGCAUUUAGAUAUUGCGUUGAGUUCAUUGUAUCUUCGUAAAUAUAAUGUACGAUGUCCUGCUACUGUAUGGGAACAAUAACUUUGUCUGUGAUUAAUGCACUGUACUUUUAAAACAAUGCCCAAGUGCUAAAACAUUUAUGGUCUUGAACAUGAUAUUGUGUUAUCAUCUAUAGAAAACAACAGUUUGUAUUACCAUAAAAUCCAGUGACUGUGAAA